AUGGCCUAUGAUCAUGAGCUGGAGACAGAUGAGGCCCCCUGGCACUUGAGCGAAGAGGGAGAGGAGUCUCUGGUACAUCGCCAAAAUCCCGCAGAGUUCCAGACCUGCGACGGGCCCAGGGCAGGUGGCAGGGGCUGUUCUUGGAGCUGGCAGCCCUGCCCUGGACCGCAGAGUGGUCUCUGCAAGUGCAGCAGAAAGGGCGGGCUGGAGCGGACAGGCUGGAGGGAGUCUCCUGGGUCCAGGCCUGAGAUCCGCGGCGCGCGCGUGUCCUCGGUCUUCAAGGGCUGCCUGCGCGACUACAGACGGACCGAAUCCGAGAAGCCCCAAGAGCGGCUGGGCUGCGCCGACCCGCUCGCCGCCUUCCCCAACCGCUCGGCGCCCCUCGUGCCUUGCCGCAGCGGUUGGCGCUACGCCCAGGCCCACUCCACCAUCGUCACCGAGUUCGACCUUGUCUGUGUCAAUGCAUGGAUGCUGGACCUCACCCAAGCCAUCCUGAAUCUAGGCUUCUUGACUGGGGCAUUCACCUUGGGGUAUGCAGCAGACAGGUAUGGCAGAAUAGUCAUUUACUUAAUAUCCUGUUUUGGUGUGGGCAUUACCGGUGUUGUGGUGGCAUUUGCACCAAAUUUCCCCGUGUUUGUGAUCUUCCGCUUCCUACAAGGUGUGUUUGGAAAGGGCACAUGGAUGACUUGCUACGUGAUUGUGACAGAAAUAGUAGGUUCAAAACAAAGGAGGAUUGUGGGAAUAGUGAUUCAAAUGUUCUUCACCCUUGGAAUCAUAAUUCUCCCUGGAAUUGCCUACUUUAUCCCCAAUUGGCAAGGGAUGCAACUAGCCAUAACGCUGCCCAACUUUCUCUUCCUCCUUUAUUACUGGGUGGUGCCUGAAUCUCCCCGCUGGCUGAUUACUCGGAAGGAAGGAGACAAAGCGUUAAAAAUUCUGAGGCGCAUUGCUAAAUGCAAUGGGAAAUACCUCUCACCAAGUUACACAGAGAUCACUGUUACAGAUGAGGAAGUUAGUAAUCCAUCCAUUUUAGAUCUGGUGAGAACUCCCCAAAUGAGGAAAUGCACACUUAUACUUAUGUUUGCUUGGUUCACAAGUGCAGUGGUGUACCAAGGACUUGUGAUGCGCCUGGGAAUCACAGGAGGCAACCUUUACAUAGACUUUUUUAUCUCGGGAGUAGUGGAGCUGCCAGCAGCUCUGUUGAUCUUACUGACCAUCGAUCGGGUUGGACGCCGCCUCCCCUUUGCAGCAAGCAACAUUGUGGCGGGGGUAGCAUGCCUUGUUACUGCAUUCUUACCAGAAGGAAUACCAUGGUUAAGGACAACAGUUGCUACCCUGGGAAGACUAGGGAUAACCAUGGCCUUUGAAAUUGUUUAUUUGGUAAACUCAGAAUUGUACCCCACAACAUUACGAAACUUUGGUGUUUCACUCUGCUCAGGUUUGUGUGACUUUGGGGGAAUCAUAGCCCCGUUUCUACUCUUUCGACUAGCAGCCAUGUGGCUAGAACUACCUCUGAUCAUCUUCGGUAUCUUGGCAUCGGUUUGUGGUGGCCUUGUGAUGCUUUUGCCUGAAACCAAGGGUAUUGCCUUGCCAGAGACAGUGGAUGACGUUGAAAAACUUGGCAGCAGGAAAAAGAAAACCCAGGUUUCCAGCUCUCACUUGUGAGACCCCUGCAAAGCCGGAGGAAGGAGCUUUUGGAGUCCAUCCUCCUGGAGAAACUGAGCCUCCAGAGAUGUACCUGUGCACUUCAGCUUCAUUACGCAGUGCCGAUUCAAGUGUCUUUACCAUAUAAAGACCUGCAGACUAUCCAGAGUAUUUUUAUACAAUAUUGGAUUUCAGAUUUUUCAUGCUAUUGAAGUUUCUGGGAGCACAUGAUACGUGACUGGGUGAGCAAAGAACAUACUCAAUGCACCACCUAUCCUGUUUGUUUUUUCUAGUGUUGGGAUCAGCAGUCUCUGACUCAUUCAAUUAAAGAGGGACAAGAGAAGCCCUACCUGAUCCUUAUCAGGAAUGCAGGCUGUACAACCAAGGAUCCAGGAAAGGUGUAUGGUGAUGCAUUCAUCACAUCUGAUUAAAGGACACAGCACAGAGUAAGCGUCAGGAAGAGUCCAUGAAGGAUGAUGAUUUGCCCGGGCCACACCAAACUGAGCCUUUGCUUUCUCUGUUUCCUGGUUUCCACACCUUUGUAGUCUGGACAGGUCACGUGUCCCUCCCACCCACUUUCUCUGUAGCAUCUGGGGUUCCAGGUACAGGUUAGGCCUCAUUCCCUAAAUAAGCACAGGUCUGCUAUAUAAUUUGAGGAUUUGGUCUGUUAUUUUAAAAUUAGGUUUGGGUCCUAAGAUUAUUUGGAAUAUUUUUGGUUUCCUUUAGUGAACACCUAUAUUACCAGAAAUUCCAUUCUUUAGAGAAGAAAACCCACAGAUUAUGAUUUCCUGGGUUUUAUGAUUUUAAAAGUAAUGGGAUAUUUAUGCUAUAUUUAUGAGUUCUGUUCCAAUAGUACCUAUGGUUGAAUGAAAAUUAUGGAUGGUUCUCAUUCAAUCUUUGCCCUUUGAUUUGUCUUGGGAAAAAAAAGCUUAUAUUUUCAUUUAAAGAAAAUGUCAAUUAUAUACAAGCUUAAAAAGAGAUUAAGUGACUUUAGAGAUACUCAUAAGAAAUUUGACCUUCUAUGUUAUCAAGACUCUUGAAAUGUGAAAAUUAAACACAGUGUUCUGCUUUGUGUAUUUCAUCUGUUAUAUUUUCGGAAUCCAACAUAUAUCUUAUGCUGAAUUUUUUAAUGAAGAACGUAAUGAGGAUAGACAAAAUGAGUAACAAAGGGAAACCUUGCUACUGAAAAAGAAAAUUUCUAUGAGAACAUAUAUAUAUGUGGCAGUAUUACGAUAUCGUAAAAUAAGCUUGGGGUGUGUGUGUGUGUGUGUGUGUGUGUGUGUGUGUGUGUGUGUGUGGUACUGGAGAUAGAACCCAGGGCCUCAUGCAUCCUAGGUAGGCGCUCCACCGCUGAACUAAAAUAAAUGUCUUAAUCUUUAAAGCACGUCAGAAUUUAGCAUGAACAUUCUAUCAUCAAUGAUGGAAAUACAGUUUUUUGAGGAUUUCAUGCUGCAUUCAUCCCGUAUUCACAGACACUGAUGGUUUUGCUUUUCUUUGCAUCUUUUUGCUGUGAGAUGGCGGUUGCGUUUUGAUACUAUCACCUUUGAAUUGUAUUUGGAGUUGAUAUUUUUGUUUCAUAACAAUAAAACAUUUUAAAUUAUUAAAAAAUAUCCAUUCUUUCUCUCCCUUCUGAACAUGUGUCACCAUAAAACACUAUUGCUGUGCUGCCUGUACUUUCCAAACCUGGCAGCCAGUUAGGGGCAGAAGGUAAAGUGGUCUGUCUUCAACACUUUGGUAUCAUUCCUGCAUUCAGAUGUGACCCAGAUUCUUACCUGGUCUAAGAGCACUUUCAAUGCCUGGUUUACACUGCACACAGCUCUGUGCCAUGCCCCAUGGGCUGUGCUAAAGUUGAGUCAUCAGUAACAGAUUUAAUUCCUAGGAAUAGUACUUGUUUUGACUCCCCUCAUGUGUGGCAGCUUUGAAAACAUUCAUUUCAGUGCCAGGAAAAAAAGGCACUAAAGAUAUAUAUCAAGCCACCUUUAAUUGACACAGUCAAUACCUGGGUACCUUGCUAAGACCUCUCAGUGGUCUUAUAGGCUUCUUAGUCAUAAAAGCAACAAUUCCUUGUGAAAAUGAGAUCACUUUGGGUUUUUUCCUUGAAACUGGUAGUAUGAAGAGCAUAAAAUGUUCUUCUCCCAUGCCAAAAAAAAAAAUAAAUCAAAGAAAGUACAGAGUUUAUUUAGAACAAAUGCCAUAGCUAUGUGGCCUUACUAUUAGAAUCCAUGGACAAGAUUUAUUCACAAAAAUAUAAAAAAUGCCAAGAGUUGGCAGUAGAUGGCAACUAA